CUGAACCGGUUGAAAAAAAAAAAAAAGAAAAGAGAAGGAUGUCAACAAGUGACGCAGGAGAGUUGGAGCAGAGAGUUGUAGGAGGAGGGAGAGCGGCGCCUCAGUGCGGGACGGCGCUGUCAGCGAGGACUACCACAGCGAGAGAACGACGUGAUGAACCGCCGGUCGGAAGGAAAAGCCGCAAUGAGGAAACUCCAGCUGAUCUGCAGCUCCUCCGACAAGGAAUCAGACGGGAAGAGAUACACAGAGCGCCGGCGUUGAGAGCGGACGGACUGAAGAAGGACGACUCUCUCCUCGGCACUGACUCGGAUCUCCAGAUCCGGAGGUCCCACGAGCCACGCUUCACCUCCUCCCUCGUCCUCAGACUCUCCGGCAGGAUAAAGAACAGGAAGGUGGUGGACUCCAGUCUGCAGAGUGCGAUCGAGCCUCAACCAUCUGAGGGCAAAGACAGCAGGCUUCAGGUGAAUGGAAAAGCUGCAUCACUGCAAACCUCGAUAGACCAGACCAGCAAAGUCCAUUCGCCAACAGAGAUUCUACCAAGACAGGGACAGCUCAUCCGAGUACCUGGCAAAGAAAAGGACUCGAGUAUCACGCACAGAUUUACAAAUGGUGACCUUCGAACACAGGAGCAUCACAGCUCAUGUGUAUCACAUCCUGGAACCCACACUGGAUCAUUAACCGGAGCCCAGUUGAAGGAAGAUAUCAGAAACCAUAAAAAGCUUGAGAACCGUGCGGAUUUCAAGGGACUUUCUGAACCCUCUUCUUCCAGGAUGUUGUCUUCCUCUGUGGUGACGGCUCUCACCCCUCCCUGGACCGGUCUGAUACGACGGCCCAAAAAACAAGACGGCAGCUCUGACGCUCAGGGGAAUUUACAAGAUCCUUCGACAAACCGUGCACAGGGCUUCCAGGGAACUGCCCAAUAUGCUGGGGAGGGCACGUCAGCAGGUGGAUCACAAAUGAGGAGGCCGUUGCUGGGUCCAAGGAGCAAUACGGUGGGCUGGUCGACUAAAGCUGAUCUGUCGACCACAGACUUUCACAGAAAACUCUCUCAGACUGUCUCACUGGAUGGAAACACCGUGAAGAUGGAUACAGGCGCUAUCAGCCCUUUAAACACCUCUCCUUCUCCAGCAUCGCCCUCGCUCCUCGACCAGAACGAACAAAGGAACAAUCUGCAAACCAACCAAGCACGACUGUCAGCUCUGAGCUCAAAACCAACAACCAGCAGUUUACUUUUGUCUUUGAGAAGAUUCAACUCCAACGGCAGGAACUCAAACACUGCCACCACCCUGUCCAACUCCAACGCUUCUCCGAAUGAUCAGAAUGGAAAACUUUUCUCCACACAUCUCUCUCAGAGCUUUCUAAACAAUAAUGAACAAGAGAAGCCAAAGCCGAUGCUUUCACCAUCGUCUCUUUCUUAUAGGACACCUGAACCCGGACCGGUCCAUUCCCCUUCAUCUGCCAAUCAGAGAGAAAUGAACAAAUCUGACACACGCUUUUUUCCAACUCCAAUCAGCAGGGAGUCAGAUAACACAACUAUGAAUAACACCCACUCCAGUCAGGGAUUUCUGAAUAAAAGGCAACAAAACUACAGGGCUUCAGAUAAAGGCUCACACCUUCUGUCAGAGACCUCCGUGACAGUACCCAGGCACUCCUCCUACGAUAACUCCCUGCAGCAAAAGCCUCCCUCAGUCCCUAGAGCCACCCUCACAUCCACUUCAUGGUGGAAACAAGUGACCCAGGAAGGUAAUUCUCUCGCUCGCAAUAAUCCUACCAGCGUCAAAGACAAGCCCAAUACACCUUUGACACCACCUGGUCUGGAUCAUCGUGGUUUGGCCUCUUUGAGUCCAACUGACAACAAAAAAUUCAGUCAAAUCCACAAUAACAGAGUCAACAACAGCAUAACAGAGUCGCUUCUCAAAAGUAACAUAAGGACACAGGGAGGAGCUGCAGAUCUCAAACAAAGGAAUGCUGAAAAUACACCUGACCAUGAAUCAGGUCGGCUUGUCAUGCAACAAUAUGGCUCAAAUUUAAACAACAGAGAACUACAAAAGACUUACAGCAUGCCUGAUGUUUCAUUUACUUCUAAACUUAGCAGAGCUCCCUCACUCACAGUGUUGAGUCACCUGAGAGACUCCAACAAGCAUGACGCAAGUAACGGUGCAGCUGAGUUACCACCGCCUCUGCUAAGUCCCAGGAGCCCAAAUACGCCCACAGAGAACAAUAAUCAUCGUCCACCCAAAUCCAACAGCCCCCCCACAUCUCAUAUGAACACACAGCAGUUCAGACAAUCUCUUUCUCCUGUUUUCACUGCAACCACUCCCGGCCUCUCACCUGCCUCGAACACUAAAAGCAGCCUCUCCUUCUAUCCAGUUUCUUCUCAGACCAAAUUUCAAUAUUCUUCUUCCCAAACACCAAAAUUGAUUGACAAAGUCAUAACCACACCUCUUGGCUUUGAACGAAACUAUGCCUCCAUUCCCAAACCUUCCCACUCUAAAACUGUGUCCAGCCUGAAGCCCACAGUUGCAUCUUUCUCCAAAACAAGCUAUAACUCCACGUCCCCCACUUCUGUUGCAUCUUCAUCCACCACCUCUGGCCAUCCUGCCACCACCAAUCCAUCCCUACUCAGUCCCUCUAUCACUCCGUCCAGAACACCUUCCCCCACAGUUCCCACCUCCAUCACCUCUCUUCUAACCCCUCCUGCAACCCCAAAUGCCACCAACACCACCAGCCCCAAAGGGGGUCGAACAUUUUCCAACAGCCUGGAAAGAGACUGCAAGAAAAAAGGAGGGGAGGCAAAGAGAGCAAGACGAGUAACAUGGGACGAGUCGGUGGAUCUGCAAUGCUCAGAGUCCGCCAAAGUGGAGAAGCAAGAGACGUCUCCAGUCCCAAAUAUUCCUGUAUCGCCGUCCAGGUCACCCCGAAAUACACCAUCCAUUUUUUCCUUCCUUCGACCAGGAAGCCCAACAUGCAGUCCCGAUGCACCUAACACCUCCAGCACCCAGCUCAAAAACGGAGCUAAGUAUAGAUCAUUGUCAUCUGACACAGUCGAUUUGGCAUCCACAGAGUGUGAGAAAAGCAAGCAGAGAAAUGGAGACGUUUUGAUCUUUGACAAGGGAAGACAGGGUGUAACCACACCCAUGCAAGAAAGGACACUAUCAGUCGAGUCUGGCACAGCUCAGUGUCGUUCUUCUGCUCCUCUCUCCCUCCCACCUGACUUUUCCAGGAAUUAUAAGCUUCGUUAUAGCUCGCCACCUUACUCCACACUCAUGUCAAGCAGGCUUGCACAAGGAGAAACGAAACCUAUAAUGCCAAGGUCACCCCUGUUUCCACAACCACCUCAGUCACAUUAUAGCCUUACGUCAAAAACUGACAAGACCAUACUGGCAUCAAAACCCCCUCUAUCCCCGACAAAGGCCUUCGAGCUCAUGCCUUUACCUUUCCAAAAGCAAACUACCACAAAAGACAAUGCAAAGUGUGAUAAAGUCAACAAUAAUCACGACAGGAACAACAUCCAGCCCCGUUUGAAUGGCCAGCUCCAACUAGUCAACAACAGAGUCAACUUUGGAUCACAGUCUCUGCAGGGUGAUAAAUCAUCCCACUCCUCUUCAUUUGUAACUGAGACACUGAUCUACAGCAUUAAACCUAAAGUGAAUGCAGCUCCAGCUGCCCUAAAGAGCACCACACCUAAACCUUUGCAACACAUUGCAAACACACCGGUUUCUGUGGAGACCCAGUUAAGUCAACAUUCACACACAGUGCAGAGUCGAGAAGCAGCAGCUGGAGCCCGUGGUCAAUCAGAUCAGAGCUCCAGUGGCAGCAGCUCCACUGACAGUCAGUCCCUGGGUGGGAUGGGAAGCAGAAGUGUGAAAGACAGCGUUCUGGGUAAAAGCAGAUUUUUCUCAAUGGAUGAUAAAAAUGAACAAAGCCCAAAGAAAAGCCGGUUUACACUAAAGAAAAGUGUCAGCACACCAAAUGCCACUUUGAAAAGAUCAGAGUCAGAGAGAGUCAGCAAGAGUGGUAACCGAAUGGAUCAAGUAUUCAACAAACUGAAACAAAGAUUCAGCACGAAGCGGCCCGACGACGACUCGUCCUUCCCGUGGAAAUGGAGGCGAGGCUCCCAAACACCUUCAGUCAGUAGCGAAGUCAGCAAUGUCAGUGAUAACAGUGUUGAGAGUGCCAAAACUCUUGAGGAGCGAGUGCAGGAGAAAGAGUUGACCUGUGAUGAUGCAGCUAAGAAGAACACAGAUGAUGCAGAUGGAUGGACACAAAACAGAUACGCCAUCAUACCAUCCUCAGCUGUUGGAAGAACAGCAUCGAGAGAUGAGUUUUCUGGAUGGUCAGAAAAUUCAGCUUCGAGAACUGAGCAACAAGAGCUGAGUGUUACUGCUGAAGACACGUCUGAAAGUAAAGUUCAGCUCAGAGUCCACAGCCCGACAGUGCCUCAGUUUGACUUUUACUUAGAUAACUGUGCAGAUUUCAACACAACAAACCAGCUCUUCCCUUGUCGAGAUCCCAGUCCUUGUAGGAGCCCAAAUGCAUCUGGUGUUUAUCCAGUUCAGCCCAGAAGAUCGACACCCAGCCCGAGAAGUCCCUUCUCCCCAUUUGCUUCCCUUUCUCCUGUAUCCCCUUUUGCUGCGCCUGAUCCAGCAGACGACAAUGUCUUCUACAGCCCAAAGCUGCAGCGUCGUAGGGACACUCCUUCCCCGUGUGAACAAGGAGAGGUAAUCAACCUCAGGCCAUCAAGAAAAAGCCGGGCAUCCACGGGUCCUCCAAGUAUCGGUCCAGGACAGGACAGGGAACGGUUGGCAUCUUCAUAUGCAGAUUUGAAAUAUGGCAUCGAGCCUGGGAAGUCCUUUUCUGUCAGCUCAGUUCUGUCCAGUCGACCUUCCGGCCCUGGACGUAUUUCCACUGGGUCCAGGUUCAUGAGCGUUGGUGACCUCUCUCACUCUGCCUUGUCCCCGGGAGGUAACAGUGCAGGUUUAGAUCGUUGGUCCAUGCCCCCUGAUGGAGCCUCAGAUUCUGCUGGCCAGCUAACUAAACCUCAUCAUUUGUGGAAUUCCUCCUGUGAUCUGGAUAAAUUCAGAUCUAGAUCUCUUCCUCGAUCACUGACAAAGUGUUUGGCCAACUGGAGCUCUGAAACCACCCCUCCUCAGGCUUUUCUUAGCGCAAGCUCAAAGCCAGCUCGCCGCCACAGCCCAAAUGUGGACAUUUGCCACUUUACAUGGGAAGCAGAGGGACCUCCAACCCCUCCUCCAACGCCUCCCCUGUCACCAGUGUCCAGGCGCAUGUCCAAACCUCCCAGCCUUUCCUCUCCCACCUUCCCCAGCACUUCAGGAACACUCCAGGCCGAUAGAGCCCACCUACGAUCCUACAGUUCCAGCCUUAGCACCUUCGAGGAGUCUUCAGACAGCAGUUCUGACACGACCACAGACGACGAAUAUUACUUAGAAGCAGAUGAAACUGGAGAAAAGGAGACAGAACUUUAAAGACUUCUCUCAGGUCUCUGUGAUCGGACUGUAAAAAUAAAUCCAAGAAAAGAGAGAUGGACUUUUAACUUUAUUUGCAACGAGAUGACAUGAGAUCAAUAGGUUGUCUGCAUGAUUUGCUUUUGAAAGUGGUACUUGCAGUUUAUGGCACUGUACGAGGAAGCUCGCAUGAUUUCGUCAGCAUGGGUUUAAAUACGUUUUAGGUAAGCACAGGUUGCUGUUUGUGAGGGCAGAUCUGCAAUCUGGGUACAAGUAACUUGUGUAAUGUUUAUUUUUUGGACCAGUGGUUUUGAAAAUGUGGAGAAGGCUUUCCUGAAAUGCUCAUGUCCUGUUUACACAACAGUUUCAAUUGGGUGUCCGUUUACACAAUAACCAGUGCUCAAAGACACUGAAAACACAACUUAAUCAGUAGUUCUUCUGCACAUGCACAAGCAGAAAGACAAUAACAACAAUGGCGGCCUCCAGAUUGGUACUCCUAUCAGUAGUGUUUAUAGCUUAUUAUUCUCUGCUGUGUGUCAUUUCAUUACAAAAAGAACCAACACCACCAACUCAUAAACAUUGCCGUGUAAAUGCAAAAACGAUGUGUUUUCACUUGACACGUGCAAAUGGAGUCUUAUUUUCCAAGUCCAAUUCUUUUUCGUUGAGGUUUUUUUUUUCUGGAUGAAAAAUUGAUGGAGUUAGGAGGCGCUAUUCCUCCACACUUUCAAAACCCCUGGUUUGGGCAGUCGCAUGGCGUCAGUGAGGUUCAUGUCUGUGUGGUUGUUUUAAUGAACAAACUACUCUAAGGUUAGGCUUUUGGCUCGAGUCCUCUCUUUAGGUUUGCAUUUCAUCUUGAUGGUUAAGUGCUCUCAUUAUAUUUCAUCAUCUUCUGUGUUUGAAGAUUUGGUAAAUGUAAGCAUUAAAUAGAAAAUGUUUUUUCUAAGAAACUUAUUUUGGGCAGUGUUGCUUUGAAAAGUUGUUUUUAAAAAAUUUGGGAUGAGAUCAAAUCAUGUUCUGAUCACCAUUUGUUAUUAAAGUGCUCUGUACAGUGCCUGCUCUUAUUUGCACAGUGAGAAUUUGAAGUCUUAAUAUGUCUAUUUUAUAAAUAAAUGUACUAUUUCU